AUGGAAAACCACAACCACGACGCGGCAACAGCAGCGAACGGCGCCGCUUCAGCGGCGCCACGUGACUCGCACGUGACGGAGCCCGGCGCGUACGAGGGCUACGCGGGGUUCGACGACGCCGCCAAGGACUCCGUGCGCGACCUCGCCCGCUCCUUCACCAGCCACAGCGUCGCCUCCUACUCCGGGCCCGCCCACGGCAAGCUCCCGGCCGCCACCCCAGACGUGGCCCACAGCCUGGCCACCCGCACCAGCACCGCCAGGACCGCCACCACCGACUACGGCGACGUCAACACCAUCAACCCGGUCUUCACCACGCCCGAGUCGCCCGCCUACAACCCCAGCCUCGAUCCCAACUCCGACCAGUUUUCCUCCGCGCUGUGGGUCAAAAAUCUCAGCCAGCUCAUCGCCAGCGACCCAGACCACUACAAACCCUAUUCGCUCGGGUGCACCUGGAAAAACCUCCGCGCCUACGGCAACGCCACCGACGUAGCCUACCAGUCCACGUUCGCCAACUUGCCCUUGCAACUGCUCGAAUUCGGCUAUCGUGCCGCCCGUAAAGCGCGCCCCGAGGAUUCUUUUGAUAUUUUGAAGCCCAUGGACGGUAUCGUCAAGCCCAGCGAGCUUUUGGUCGUCCUAGGAAGACCGGGCUCCGGAUGUUCCACUUUGUUGUAGUCCAUCUCUGCCAAUACCCACGGUUUCCACAUCGACAGCAACUCCGAGAUCUCCUACGAUGGCAUCGAUCCCAAAGAGAUCGCCAAACACUACAGAGGCGAAGUCGUGUACAACGCCGAGUCCGAUGUUCAUUUCCCACAUUUGACCGUUUUCGACACCUUGAAGACCGUUGCCAGACUCUCAUGCCCCUCGAACCGUAUUCACGGCGUUGAUCGUGAAACUUUCGCAACCCACAUCACCGAAGUGGCCAUGGCCACGUACGGUCUUUCCCACACCAGGAACACCAAAGUCGGUAAUGAACUGGUUAGAGGUGUCUCCGGUGGUGAACGUAAGAGAGUUUCCAUUGCCGAAGUUUCCAUUUGCGGCUCCAAGUUCCAAUGUUGGGACAAUGCUACUCGUGGUUUGGACUCCGCCACGGCUUUGGAAUUUAUCCGCGCUUUGCGUACCACUGCUAAAUUGAACAACAGCGCUGGUGUCAUUGCUAUCUACCAAUGUUCCCAAGACGCCUACGACCUGUUUGAUAAAGUUUGCGUUUUGCACGAAGGUUACCAAAUAUACUUUGGCCCUGCUAACGAGGCCAAACAGUAUUUCCUAGACAUGGGAUAUGUUUCCCCCGAUAGACAAACCACUGCCGAUUUCCUAACCGCUGUGACCAACCCCGCUGAAAGAAUUGUCAAUCAAGAGAUGGUUCAAGCAGGCAAGGUAGUGCCCUCUAGCGCUAGCGAGAUGGAAGCGCAUUGGAAACAAUCCGAAAACUACAAACGUUUAAUCAAUGACAUUGAUCAUUACGCUACCCACGAUCAAGCCGGUAACCGUGAGCAACUACGGAAUGCCCAUAUUGCCAAACAAUCCAAAAGAGCCAGACAAAGUUCUUCGUACACGGUCAGUUAUGGACUGCAAGUAAAGUAUUUGCUUAUCAGAAAUAUGCAAAGAAUCCGAAGCAAUAUGGGGAUUACUCUUUUCCAGAUUAUUGGUAAUGGUGGUAUGGCAUUUAUACUGGGUUCCAUGUUUUACAAGAUUUUGAAACAAGACACCACUGCAGGCUUUUAUUCCAGAGCCGGUGCUCUAUUUUUUGCGGUUCUGUUUAACGCUUUCUCGUGUCUAUUGGAGAUUCUUGCACUUUACGAGGCUAGACCUAUCUCCGAAAAGCACAAGCGAUACUCACUUUAUCACCCUUCUGCCGAUGCCCUGGCUUCUGUUAUCUCUGAAAUUCCAACUAAACUUGUCACCUCCGUUGUUUUCAAUGUUGCGCUCUACUUUCUCUGCAAUUUCAAAAGAGAAGCCGGUGCUUUCUUCUUUUACUUCUUGAUGACUAUUGUGGCCACUUUCCUCAUGUCUCAUAUUUUCAGAUGCUUAGGUGCCUCCACAAAGACAUACGCUGAAUCCAUGGUUCCAGCUUCGGUUUUACUGUUGGCUUUGGCAAUUUAUACCGGUUUCGCGAUUCCAAAGACCAAGAUUUUGGGAUGGUCAAAAUGGAUUUGGUAUAUCAAUCCGCUGUCGUAUGUUUUCGAAUCUCUGAUGGUCAAUGAAUUUCACGGUCGUGACUUUUCAUGCUCGCAAUACAUCCCAGCAGGAUCUGGAUAUGAUAAUCUAAGUGGCACGGAAAGAGUUUGUUCAGCUGUUGGUGCCGUGCCUGGCCAGGACUUUGUUAGUGGAGAAACGUACAUCAAUGUUGCCUACGGCUACUACCAUGCGCACAAAUGGCGUGGUUUGGGUAUUGGGUUGGCAUAUGCCAUUGUAUUUCUCGCCGUGUACUUGGCUGUCACUGAAUUCAAUGAAAGUGCCAAACAACGUGGUGAGAUCUUAGUGUUUCCACAAUCGGUGAUGAGACGUAUGAAGAAAGAAAGAAAACUGAGACACAGUUACGAUUACUCUGGCACUGACGUUGAAAACUCCGCUGGUUCAGCUCCUCUCAAUGAGAAGAAAAUGCUGGACGAAAGUAGUGUCUCGGCGGGCUCUACGUCGUCUAUGGGAGAUGCGAAGCUUUCGAAAUCGGAAGCUAUCUACCACUGGAGAAACGUAUGCUUUGAGGUCAACAUCAAAAAGGAACGAGAAGAAUUUUGAAUAAUGUUGACGGGUGGGUUAAACCGGGCACUUUGACGGCACUAAUGGGAGCGUCAGGUGCAGGUAAAACUACACUAUUGGACUGUUUAGCCUCGAGAGUCACAACCGGUACAAUCACGGGAGACAUGUUUAUCAACGGGUUUUUACGUGAUGCGUCAUUUGCUAGAUCUAUCGGGUACUGUCAGCAACAAGAUUUACACUUGGAAACCGCUACUGUGAGAGAAUCCCUAAGAUUUGCGGCGUACUUGCGUCAGCCAGCUACCGUUUCAAAGGAUGAGAAGAACAAGUAUGUGGAGGAUGUUAUCAAGAUCUUGGAGAUGGAAGCUUACGCGGACGCUGUUGUUGGAGUUGCAGGUGAAGGUUUGAAUGUUGAACAACGUAAAAGAUUAACAAUUGGUGUAGAGUUGGCAGCCAAGCCCAAACUAUUAUUGUUUUUGGACGAGCCUACGUCUGGGUUGGAUUCGCAAACAGCAUGGUCUAUCUGUCAGUUGAUGAGAAAACUGGCCAACCACGGUCAGGCAAUCUUGUGCACUAUCCAUCAGCCAUCUGCGUUGUUGAUGCAAGAAUUUGACCGUUUGUUAUUCCUACAGCGUGGUGGGCAAACAGUUUAUUUUGGAGAGUUAGGCAACGGGUGCCACAAGAUGAUUGACUAUUUCGAAAGCAACGGUGCGCCUCGUUGUCCCGAUGGUGCGAACCCUGCGGAGUGGAUGUUAGCCGUUAUUGGUGCUGCACCCGGAACUCACGCUAACCAAGACUAUCAUGAAGUCUGGAGAAACUCGCCAGAAUACCGCGCAGUACAGGAAGAACUAGAGUGGAUGGAGCAGGAACUGCCCAAGAAGCCUAUUGACACGAGUAACGAGCAAACCGAAUUUGCCGCAUCGCUACCUUACCAAUAUUAUUUGGUAACCAAACGUCUGGUCGAACAGUACUGGAGAACACCUUCAUAUUUGUGGUCCAAGAUUGGUUUGACUAUCAUUUCUCAGAUUUUCAUUGGGUUUACUUUCUUCAAGGCCGACAGUUCUUUGCAAGGUCUGCAAAAUCAAAUGUUGUCCAUUUUCAUGUUCACGGUUGCGUUCAAUCCAACCUUACAACAAUACUUGCCCACAUUUGUUGCUCAAAGAGAUUUGUACGAGGCUAGAGAACGCCCUUCUAAAACGUUUUCUUGGAUUUCUUUCAUUCUAUCCCAGAUUACCGUUGAGAUUCCCUGGAACAUUCUAGCAGGUACUGUCGGUUUCUUCGUUUACUACUACCCCGUCGGGUUUUACAACAACGCCUCAGGAGCCGGUCAGCUUCACGAGAGAGGCGCUCUAUUCUGGCUCUACUGUACUGCGUUCUACGUGUUCACUGGCUCCAUGGCCCAAUUAUGUGUCGCUGGUCAAGAAGUAGCACAAGCUGCUGGCCAGUUCGCUUCCCUAUUGUUUACUUUGUGUCUUUCUUUCUGUGGUGUUAUGGUAACCCCAUACAACAUGCCGCGUUUCUGGAUUUUCAUGUACCGCGUUUCUCCUCUAACGUACUUUAUCGAUGGUGUGUUAUCUACUGGUGUUGCUAAUGCUGACGUCCAUUGCGCAGACUACGAAAUGGUUUCGUUCACCCCUCCCUCUGGACAAACGUGUGGCCAAUACAUGGCCUCAUACAUCCAGACUGCAGGGACCGGGUAUUUGAGUGACGCCAGCGCCACGGACGAGUGUAAGUUUUGCUCAGUGUCCACCACUAACGCAUAUUUGAACGCAGUGAACUCCACUUACCAUCACAGAUGGAGAAAUUAUGGUAUCUUCUUGGCCUUUAUUUUCUUCAACUUCGCAAUGGCUGUCUUCCUUUACUGGCUUGCAAGAGUUCCAAAGAAGAGAAAUAGAGUAGCAGAUGAAAGAAAGCCCGAUGCACAGAAACUCGUUGAGAAAUGA